UGGCUGGCUGGCAGGCGGGCGGCUGGGGCAGGGCAGGCCACAACGUGCCGUGCGGCUCAUGGAGCGGCUGGGCUAGCCGGCCCAGGACCAGGACCGCGCCGACGCUGGAGCUCGCCGUCGAGGAGUCUCACCGCUACGGCCGCAGACCAUGAGGAGGGCUUCGACGUCGGCGCUCAGGAAGAGGACGGCAACAACGACGACGAAGUGCACGCCGGGCGGGUCGUGUGGCUCGCGGUGCUGCCGCUGACUCCGCCGCGCCCACCGCUCGUCGGGGACGUGCUGCGGGCCGAGCUGCUUGCCGUUCUGCGGGCCGUGCUGCGGGCCGUGCUGGCUGCGGGCCGUGCUGGCGGCCACACCCGAGCGCCUCGACCCCGGCCAUGUGACGGAGGAGCAGCGGCGGGGCAGUGAUGAUGGUGGACACGGGCGAGUACCCCUUCGGGUCGCCGUCGCCCGCGCCGCCGCCCGCGCCCACGCCCGCCUUCCCUGCCGGGCCGCACUCGUACGCGACGCUGACGCCGCUGCAGCCGCUGCCGCCGCUCAACGCCAUCCCGGAGGAGUUCGGCUUCGUCUCGACGGACGGCUAUGGCGGCGGCCCCAACGGCAACGUGUCGGGCUCCUUCACCGUGAUGCAGGCCAACGGCGCGCCCCUGCACGCGCCCUACCCGUACCGGGGGCCGCCGCACCCGGCGCCGCCCCCGCCGCCGCCGCCCCCGCACGCCGGGGGCGGCUACUACGACAUGGGCUGCGAGCAGCAGCACAGCCAGUGCUACGACUACCGGGACGCGUACUGCCCCGUGCAGCAGGACUACUACCCCGUGACCGUCAAGACGGAGCUGCACCCGCACCACUACCUGCGGGAGGCGGGCACGCCGCCGUCGCCCAGCCUGCACCAGCAGCACCCGCCCUCGCAGCACACGCCGCCGGCGCAGCCGCCGCCACCUCCCCAGCAGCAGCAGCAGCAGUCGCCCCCGCCGCCGCUGCCCGUGGCGGUCAAGUCCGAGCAGCAGCAGCAGCAACAACAACAACAACCUCCGCUGCAGUGCCACCAGCCCAGCCACCAGGUGGUGCCGCCGCAACAGCAGCAGCAGCAGCAACAGCAGGAGGCCGAGGAGAUCAACACCAAAGAGCUGGCGCAGCGCAUCUCGGCCGAGCUCAAGCGCUACUCCAUUCCGCAGGCCAUCUUCGCGCAGCGCAUCCUGUGCCGGUCCCAGGGCACGCUGAGCGACCUGCUGCGCAACCCCAAGCCCUGGUCCAAGCUCAAGUCGGGCCGGGAGACGUUCCGCCGCAUGUGGAAGUGGCUGCAGGAGCCCGAGUACCAGCGGAUGUCGUCGCUGCGGCACGCGGCCGCGCAGAUCCCGCAGCGCGCCGCCUGCAAGCGGAAGCUGGACCUGCACCACCACGCGCUGCCCAUGCAGCACGACCGGCUGGACAGGCUGGCCGACCGGAAGCAGCGCCUCCUCUUCGCCGACCUGCAGAGGUACUUUUGAAGUGCGCGCCGCCGCCUCACACGGGCGUGAGCUGGACGCUACCGCGCGCCGCCCCGCGAGUGAUGUGAUGUGUGUGUUGUGAAGUGUUUCGCCGCAAGUGAAAAGUGCGUUCGGGAAAUGAUGUGCUGUGCUGUGCCGUGGUGUGCUCGUUGGUUGUGUUUCUUUUCAGUUGUUGUUGUUGUGUUUUUUGCAUGGAUUCUCCGUGAUGCGUUUUCAAUAUCGUUACAAGCUGAUGUCUUUUUUCUCGUUUUGUUUCGUGUCAUGCUAAGUGUUUUUGUUGACGUGUGUGUUGAAAGUACUGCGAAGAGUUCGUGCAAAAUGAUUGAUUCAGUUCUUUGUGGAAUGGCACGGACAGCGGUCUGCCAGAAGGAUUGUGCUAUGUUAUACUUGUUUUGUAAAGGUGCUAACAAACCGUGUCACAGGAGAAUACAAUACUUUGAUCUGUUUUCAA